AGCUCCUGGCUCCGCGCCGCGCGCUCUUUCUCCGACAGCUGCCCCGGGAGCCCAGUCCUACCCCGUCUGUCUCGCCCGCUGCCGCCGCGCCAUGACCACCCAGCAGAUAGUCCUCCAGGGCCCGGGACCAUGGGGCUUCCGCCUCGUGGGGGGCAAGGACUUCGAGCAGCCGCUCGCCAUUUCCCGGGUCACUCCCGGAAGCAAGGCUGCUAUCGCUGAUUUAUGUAUCGGAGAUGUAAUCACAGCCAUUGAUGGGGAAAAUACUAGCAAUAUGACACACUUGGAAGCUCAGAACAAAAUCAAGGGUUGCACAGACAACAUGACUCUCACAGUGGCCAGAUCUGAACAUAAAAUCUGGUCUCCUCUGGUGACUGAGGAAGGGAAGCGUCAUCCAUACAAGAUGAAUUUAGCCUCUGAACCCCAGGAAGUCCUGCACAUAGGAAGUGCCCACAACCGAAGCGCCAUGCCCUUUACUGCCUCGCCCGCCUCCAGCAGUACCCCCAGGGUCAUCACCAACCAGUACAACAACCCAGCUGGCCUCUAUUCUUCUGAAAACAUCUCCAACUUCAACAAUGCCUUGGAGGCAAAGACGGCAGCCAUCGGGGUGGAGACAAAUGGCAGACCUUUAGAGUAUUCUCAGCCUCCAAGCGGCCUUGUCAUUGACAAAGAAUCUGAAGUUUACAAGAUGCUUCAGGAGAAACAGGAGUUAAAUGAGCCUCCAAAACAGUCCACUUCAUUCCUGGUUUUGCAAGAAAUUCUGGAGUCUGAGGAGAAAGGGGAUCCCAACAAGCCUUCAGGAUUCAGAAGUGUUAAGGCUCCGGUCACCAAAGUGGCUGCAUCAAUUGGAAAUGCUCAGAAGUUGCCUAUGUGUGACAAAUGUGGCACGGGCAUUGUAGGUGUGUUUGUGAAGCUGCGGGACCGGCACCGCCACCCUGAGUGUUACGUAUGCACCGACUGUGGUACCAACCUGAAACAGAAGGGCCAUUUCUUCGUGGAGGAUCAAAUCUACUGUGAAAAGCAUGCCCGGGAGCGGGUCACGCCACCCGAGGGCUAUGACGUGGUUGCUGUGUUCCCCAAGUGACCCCAGCGGGUCCGCACCGACUGCUGCUCUCCAGCCAGCCCCUGCUGCAAUUUGUUCUCUACGUGUUCUGGCCCUUUCCUCUCUUGAAAGCACCGUGCUUUUCUUGGUUUUUUCCCCGCUCAUUAACUGUGGAGUGCCCCAGCCUUUGCUAACCGACUCACAUGGCCCUGUGAUGCCUGCUUUUACAAUUAACAGGAGGUUGUUUGUUUUAUGCCCCUUGCCAGCAUUACUGUGUUUUGUCCUCAUCUCAGUUCUCUGCUGCAAGUGGACAUCGGCUAAAUCUAAACCAGACUGAAUUUAGUAUGUCUGAUGUUGAUUUUGUUUUUACUCAAUAAAUUUACAGACUCCGAA